GUUUCAGUUCAACACACAAAAUAGCCCAGUAGAAGAGGCUUGUGAUUGUUUUGCAUUCUUGACUUCAGGUUUGUCACAAAGAAAGUGAUUAUCACUUGGCUGGUCAAAACUGAAUGUUUCAGCUGUUUACUUCAAUACAAGUUAAAUGCACGUUUAAAGGCACUUUAGUCACUUUUAUGUUUUUCUGAUCGUGAGCACAAUGAAUUGUUACAGCUAUGUAACCUAAACAUCCAUUUAGCUACUGCUAACAAUGACCUUUUCAGGAUAUAAUCAAAAUACACUUCUGCUUGGGUAAUUUCCUCAUUAUACAGCAGAGUGAUUAUUGCCAUUAAGCAUGUUAUAUUUGUAAAUCUAUAGAGUAGUUGUAAAAGUGUGCACAUCCCCACCGGUGAGGUGCCGGGCAAAUGGAACUAGAACUCAAAAGAAAGUAGUGUGGUAGUGCGGGCAUUUCAUUCCUUUUGAUAUUUGUAAAUCUAUUCAGUAAAAAUAUCAGUUUCUAAUGUCUUACAAAUUCCUGACAAGACACUUCCAUGUGUGAAUCAUAAUGUAUAUUUCUGCAUGGCAUACUUUACGCUCAAGUAUUCAAAAAAAUCAAAGCAAUGGUUAUGGAAGAAAACAGGUGACCUAAAGGCAAGUUUACAAAGUACUAAAAUGAAAAGAUUUAACAGAAUAGCAUGUGGUUUAGAAACACUUCACUUUCUGUUUCCUUUUCUGUGGUGCUAUCUGUGGUAGAUUAAACAUGAACAUGUGGUAGAUUAAACAUGAAAAAGCUUACAAAAUGACUGUACUGUAAUAUUUACAAUUCAAAGCCUUGAACACAUUAUUGCAACAAUAUUGUCUUACAUAUUUUUUGCGCAUCCACUAAUCAGCAGUGCUUCAGUAUUGUUUUGUCUUUGUAAUGCAACAAUCUCUGUUUUUUUCUUCAGUUCUUUUUUUUUUUGAGGGAGACAGACGAGGGCGUUGCAUUUUAGGCCGCGAGUAGAGCAUUGUUCUGAGUUUCACACAGCUGUAAAGUGAGGUAAUGUCUGGUCCUGUCGUGUUUUUUAUUUGAAAGUUUGAUAUUACAGCCAUCGAUACAGUAUGUUAACUAGCUGAAAUUGUUUAUGGUGCAGAGCCCAAACUGUGUAUGAAUGCUUUUUUUGAGCCCAUAUACAGAACUGAAAGCUACAGGACCAUGAAAAGCAAUACACUUACUUUGUCCAAGUGUAUGUUAUUAGAAUCAUGGACUGCUAAUCAAGCUUUGCUCCUUUCUUAAAUAUAGCUCUAGGCCAGGUGACCAUGCAUUUUCCCACCAUUACCUUUGUGGUAGCUGUCUAUCUGGCCCUCAUACCCCAAACUACCCAGUCAUGCACCAGAGGCUCCCCUCGCGAGUGCAAAGAGGCCGAGUUUGCCCCAGGAUCCAACCUGGCCGGUGAAGGCUUCGACAUCACCAAGAUGCAGCGCAAGGGAGCCUUUGUCAUCGACAUGAACCUAUGGAGACGUGAAAACAACACCUGCAUGCUGUGCAGGAACCCGUAUCAAGAGGGCAAGAUGCAGAAAGUCCCAGCAGCUGUGGUGGACUGGAGACCCAAUCAGAAAUGCAGCAUGAAGGUGGCCAGCUCACUGUACCAGUCCAGUGAGUCCCUGGUCAGUUCCAGUGCGUCCAGUGUGGAGAACAACUGGAAAGCUAAUUUAGAAAUAGAUGCCAAAAGGGGGGAUGGCUCAUUGAUGCUGGCAGGGACCCAGUCAAAAUUGGCUGAGUACUCAAUGGAAAAAACGAAGAGAGACAAGUUUACCUUCUUAAGCCAUAAAAUGGUCUGUAGUUACUACAGCUACAGGGUUUCCAACCAUCACACCCUUCAUCCAGAGUUUCAGCGUGCCAUUAAUCAACUUCCAAAGAAAUACACCAGUGAGAACAAGCAACGCUUCUACAAGCUUAUCAACAACUUUGGGACACAUUUUAUGACUAAGGUGACUCUGGGCGGGAUGGUACAGUCAGUGACCAGCAUCAGGCAGUGCAUGGCCUCUUUACAGGGCCUGAGCUCAGAAGAGAUCAAGAUGUGUCUCGACGUGGAGGCCGCAGCCAGUGUUGGAGACAAAGUCAAGACAGGGGCAGAGACAAAGCACUGUGAGGAGGCAAAGGACAAGACUGAGGGCAAGAACAGCUUCUCCAGCAGCUUCAGUGACAGGCUCACAGAGAUUUUUGGUGGCCACACCACUGAGCCUGAGCUCCUCUUCUCUGCAGACAAAGACCCGGCCGCCUACAAGGAGUGGCUCUCCUCCCUGCCACUCAAACCAGACGUGAUCUCCUAUUCACUGGAUCCCCUCCAUGAGUUGCUGAGCCCCAAGCUUCCAGUGCGAAAAGAAUUACGCAAAGCAAUUAAGCAUUACAUUUUAGAGAGUGGACUCUGGCAGAACUGCUCUGAGCCCUGCAAGUCUGGUGUCAAAAGAAACCCAAAGGAGUCCUGUGUCUGCAGUUGCCAGGGUGAUCCUGGUGUAGGUACUGACUGUUGUCCUGUUAAACGCGGUCUCGCUCGGGUGAUUAUCACUGCAGUCAGGGCCUCUGGGUUGUGGGGUGACACCACCACAGCUACAGAUGCUUAUGUGAAAGUCUUCAACUCUCAGAACAUGCAACUGGCACGAACCCCUGUGAUUUGGAACAACAACUCACCUCAGUGGAACAUGGCCUUUGACCUUGGUGAUGUCAUUCUCUCUCAGACCAGCAUGGUGAAGUUCGAGGUGUGGGAUGAGGACAGCAAGUGGGAUGACGACCUGCUCGGAACUUGCACAGUGAACCUCAAGGAAGGAACAAAGGAGGAUGUGUGUAGCCUGAACCACGGAAUGUUCUUCUACAAACUCCAGGUGGUCUGUGGUCCAAGCCUGAGUGGCCCAUCCUGCUCUGAGUACGUGAGCUCUCCCAUGAACGGUCACCUGGAGAGGCUGUACGCGUCUCGUCAUGCCCGACCCAUACCGAAGGACAUGCUCGUGAAGAUGGGAGUGUUUGGGGAUGAACACCCUUUGCAUGCCAAUCUGACUGAACCAAACUGAAAUGUUCUUUUUUACUCCCUCAGAAAACUAUUGAUUUACUACUCCGCAAGAAUAAUAUACAUCUGUCCUUUUCGCUUUUUCGUCAUUCUUUUUUUUUUCAAAGAAAUAUUUAGUCUACGAUAUCCUAUUAUUAGAUUUACAUUACACUCAUUUACAAACUCAACAUGGUUGCAGCCCCGCAUAGCUGAUAUGGAAUAUAAAGUUUGUGUCCCUAGGUGGGCAUGUACCUUUCUGUUAGCCCCUCCUGAAGUGGGGAUAUUUUAUCAACAGACGCGCUGCAACUAGCAAAUGACUUAUCUCAAGAACAGCUGAAGCUAGUAUUUUGAAAUUUGGCAUGCUUGUACUUAACUAAAUUCAUUCAUAAAGUACCACUUGCCUUCGCUCAAUGGUCAUAUUCAGUAUGUAUGUCUAGUUACAUUCAUUUUAGUUAGUUUUAGUUUAGUUACAUUAUUCGUUUGGCAGAUGCUUUUAUCCAAACCGACUUGCUAUACUCAAGCUAUUACAUGUCAGCAGGCACAAAGUACUAAUUCCUGUCACUCUAACAAAGUCCAAAAGAGAGCAGAUAUAAAAAGUACACGGUAGUGCACCAGUGUUAGAGGUAUGACAAAAGAAGGGGAUCUCAGAGACUAAAUGAGUCUCCAUGAGAUUUGUGAAGAUAGAGACGGAUACCCCUGUUCUCUUAGCGUUUCAUAGCUUGUUUCAUCAUUGAAGAAUCAAAAAUGUUAACAAUCUUGACUGAUAAGCACCUGUGAAGGGAUGAAAUGGCUAGAUGUUUUUCACACAGUUGGUGAGAAAGCAUAACUUUGUGUGAUGGAAUUUAGUUAAUGGAAUGCAGUCAGUAAACAAAAUGUAACCAUUAGUGUAUGAUAUGGUAUAAGUGAUUGCAUAUGGUAGUGAAAUAUUCUAAAACCACUUUUAUCUGUUUUUAAACUAUGUUGUGUGUUUAUGCUUUUUAUACAAUAUUAUAAAUACAUUAUCCUGGUAAAAUAAGAAUCUGUCAUACUGUAUGUUCACUGAGGUUUUCCCACUCAAAAGUACCUAAUGACUUUUGUUAAAGGAGAAAUCCAAUGAUUUUUCACAUAGAUCUCCAUUUCUCACUGAGUAGGCCU